AUGGCCGAAGAGCCUAGCGCGGCAAAAGUAAAGGCUGCGGCGUCUCCGCCUAAACCGGUGGCUGACAACCCCUUUGAGGCAAUGCCCUGCGCAUCUGCGCAACCGGCAAGUGGAUCUCGUCGGGAUGAGACGGUUGCCGAUGACGCCGUCGUGAUGAGCCGCGCCGAGCUCGAGGCGCUGAAGACGGCGAGAGACGAGGGCGAGCGUCGGAUUGCGCGGCUGGAGGCGCUGCUGCUGGCCAUAAACGAGAGGGAAACGCAGAACAAGAGGUCGAGGAGUCUGAGGGAGAAACGGGCGCAAGGAGAUGCGCAGCCGCGCAAGCGCAGGUGGGUCGAAUCGGGCUCGGAGGACGCGACAUCGGAGGAGGGAGAGGAAGAAGAUGCAGAGGCGGAGCUAGUGAGGGCACGCCGUGUGGUCCGGCGGCGCCACAUGACAGUGUCGAGCUCACCCAUACUUCAGGAGGCAUUUGAUUUCCUGCCGUCCGGCAAAGCAUGGAAGGUUACCGACACGGUUCUUAACUGGGACAAGCGCAAGGCCCGCCUAUCAAACUCUGCUGGUGGCAACGCGGAGGUGGUGAACGGCCUCCACCAGGUCGCGGAGGGGGCACUGGCGCAGGCGAUCCAAGACUUCAAGCCCAAGUACGAUGCUGAUGCCCAGGCGUGGGUAUGGGGGGAGCACGAGCUGAUGCUGUCCUCGUGCGGGCUAGAGCACUUGAUUCCAGGCCGUUACGCGCAGAGGGCGCCAAUCGUGGAAGAUGGUGGAUCGGUUUCUCUGGGCACUGACUGA